AUGGCUUCCACCACUGAGCAUGAGGUGGACCCUACGGAAAUCGAUCCUAUCUGGACAACCAGUCGAACCGCUAGGCAAAUAUAUGCCCUCGGUGAAGUGGAUAAGACGGAUGCGCCAGGUGAUAAUUUACCACAGGGCGAGGAAAGGUCUGAGCAGUUUGUUCUUGAAGUCAGCGAAUACUUUGAGCGCCUCGACUCAAUCCAAGUAGCUAUACGUUCUUCACUUGCUCACAUCAGGCAUUCUCGUAUUGCACCGUCUGCGAUCAAUGCUCCUCCUCCAGGAUUCGUACCCCCAUCGCUUGGGGUUGGUCUUCCGGCAGAUGGCAAUGUGUUGCAGACAAACCGGGGACUCCAAGAAGAAAGAGUGGAACGCGACGCGUGGAAGGGUAUUUUGGAUGCUCUCACCCGCUUAAAGGACGCGCGAGAUCAGGAAUUUCGACAGAAUUCCCAGUCAGGUCCCAGUGCGAACGGUGUCCAUGGAUGA